AAAGCCGCGAGGAGCAAAGCAAAACGUUUUGAUAAAAUAAUAUUUACUUUGUAUAAAAACAAUAUUAGUCUUGCGACCAUAACAUAUUUACUGCCAAGAGUUUAAUAACAUGGCUCUCGUGAAACCCAAGUCUGAACUGACGCCGGAGGAACUGGCGCGUCAAGAGGAAGAGGAGUUUAAUACUGGCCCUCUUUCGGUGCUCACACAAUCUGUGAAGAACAAUACACAAGUGCUAAUAAACUGCCGGAAUAACAAAAAACUAUUGGGACGUGUUAAGGCCUUUGACCGCCAUUGCAACAUGGUGCUGGAAAAUGUGAAAGAGAUGUGGACGGAACUGCCACGCACAGGCAAGGGUAAAAAGAAAGUUAAGCCUGUGAACAAGGAUCGGUUUAUAUCGAAAAUGUUUCUGCGUGGCGACUCCGUAAUCCUGGUACUUAGAAAUCCAUUGGCAACGGCCGCUGGCAAAUAAGCUGAAGUAAUAACCACAAGCAACAACAAAUCAUUCUACAUACAUUAAUUAAUAAAAACCAAAUUCAUUUGUUCAUAA